GAGCUGACUCGGGGCGUGGUGCCUGGGCGGAGCGCACUCGCAGCGCAGCAGCUCAGGGCGGGUCGAGGCGGGGCCGGGCCAGCGGGAAGGCGGAAGGACUCUUUAGACUUUGAGCCUCGGGUUCUCACCUACAAGAUCCUGAAGCCCCCUGGCCCGGCACGCCCGUGACUGCAGAAUGGAGGCCGGGCUGCUAUGGUUCUGCAACUGGAGCACGCUGGGCGUGUGCGCCUUACUCAAGCUGCCGCAGAUCUACGCGCAGUUGGCGGCGCGCAGCGCGCGGGGCAUCAGCCUCCCUAGUUUACUUUUGGAGCUGGCCGGGUUCCUGGUCUUCCUUCGUUAUCAGCAUUACUAUGGGAACCCACUGCUCACCUACCUGGAAUACCCCAUUCUCAUCGCACAAGACAUUGUCCUCCUGCUCUUCGUCUUUCAUUUCAAUGGGAAUGUGAAGCAAGCCUUGCCCUACAUGGCAGUAUUUGUGUCUUCUUGGUUCAUCCUCAGCCUGCAGAAAUGGAUCAUCGACUUGGCCAUGAACCUAUGCACAGUCAUUAGUGCAGCCAGUAAGUUUGCCCAGCUCCAGUAUUUGUGGAAGGUACAAGAUUCGGGAGCUGUGAGCGCUAUGACCUGGGGCCUCUCUGCCUACACCUGUGCAACAAGAAUAAUAACAACUUUAAUGACCACCAAUGACCUGACAAUUCUUAUACGUUUUGUGAUCAUGUUGGCUUUAAAUAUAUGGGUAACAGCAACUGUACUUCGCUACCAGAAGUCUGUCACCAAAGCUGAAUGAUGGAUGUAUUCUUUCUACACACAGUGGACUUCAAAUAACUGGACCAGACACAUUGCUUUUCAUUGCUACAUUUAAAAUCUUUUACUAGUCAACCAUUUCAGAAACUUUAAAUCAGGUUUGUUAAACUUGAAAAAGCCACUGAGCUGAAUAUGGAAGUGCAAACCUAUAAUCGCAGCACUUGGGAGUCUGAGGUAGCCUGGGCUACACAGCAAACUCAGAGAAGGAAGACAAGGAGGGAGGGAAAGAGACACUUGUUGAAAAUGUCAACCUCCUUCCCCUACUCCCGUAGGUUAUGGGAGGGCUUAGAUUGGGUUGUAUGUGGUUUUUGCCCCUGCACCGUAAAGUCUCAAUACUUAGCCCAAGCUAUCCUCCAACCUGUGAUCCUCCAUCAGCCUUCUGAGCCCUGGGAGUGCUGGGAGUGCUGGACUAGAGUGGACCACCACACCUGACUUUGACAACACAAAUGAUGGAACCUGCCCAAGAAGCCAUCUUCACACUUAAAGUCAUGAUUAAGUUCCCUGAAGAGCCAGUUAUAUCUACAGCUGUGGCUUUCAGAAUAUUAAGUAGUCUUCCCACAAUAAAGUGGGGUCUGGUCGGUCAGAAGUGGAACUGUUCACACUUGGACAGUUUAAUUCUUCCAUAAACUAGGGCUUGGCCUUGUAUGUCAUAAUGCAGUAUAACAUCCUCUCAAGCCAAGCAGGGCUAUCAAAGUAUGCAGAGAUGUUACUGGGUUCAUAUACUAAGCAGUCCUCCAACACAGUGUGCCUUAGGGAGUUCCUAAGCAGAGCCCCAUCUGUUUAGAUGAGGAAAUCUCAACAGUCUCUCCACUUAAGCACAAUGUCACCAUUUUUUAAAGGGCUGUAUCUCACAAUUACCACUGCUGGAACUUAGUUUAGUUUUAGCUACUGGAAGGUAUACAUACAGUAAAGAUUAUUGCUAUGUCCUAUCCAAUUCUUAGGGAUUUUAUUCAUACUAAAGUAAGAAUAUUCUAAGCAUAUCCUAAACAUUGUUGUCUGCAGUACUUCCUCUGAUGUUUUAUAUAUCCAACCUAUAAAAGCUCAGUUUCUUCUUCUAUGUGAAUGUCACUUACUCUGGUAUACUGCAACAAAGUAAAUGAUGUUUACUAGAAAAUGUUUAGUUUUCUAUAUUUAAUAAACUUAAUUUGUUGAACUCCA